CGAGUGCAGCGAUCGGGCGAUCGGGCACAACGCGAACGUGCUACUCAACAAAGGACACGUCGGAUCCGCUGAAUGCCGAAAUCGACGACGAUAUCUACAUCGACACCAAGGACUUGUGCAGGCGCAUCGCCUGGGAGUUGAAACAGCACUCCAUUCCGCAGGCCAUCUUUGCCGAACGCAUAUUGUGCAGGAGUCAGGGCACACUGUCAGAUCUCUUAAGAAACCCGAAACCGUGGAAUAAGUUGAAGUCGGGUCGUGAUGAGAAUUUCGGAGGAGUGUCAGCGUCGAGCAACGGAAUGGGGAAGUUGGGAGGGGUGGGGGUGAUAGCGGCACGCGUCAUGAGUCCGCCGACACCGGCACAGAACGCUCGACAGGGGUCGAGGCAUAAGAACGGUGUGGACGGCGGGGAGAACGGUGCGUUUAUGCUCUUUUUUAUUGUUAUUUUAUUAUUAUUAUUAUUGUUAUUAUUAUUAUUGUUAUUUUAUUAUUAUUAUUAUUUAUUAUUAUUAUUAUUUAUUAUUCUUUAUUAUUAUUAUUAUUCGGAUCGGCCAGACUAUCAAACGUUUGUAACGUUGCUGGCCAUAAUGUUCGCAAUGUUUCCGUGA